CUCCUCCUCCUCCUCCUCCUCCUCCUCCUCCUUCUUCUUCUUCUUCUUCUUCUUCUUCUUCUUCUUCUUCUUCUUCUUCUUCUUCUUCUUCUUCUUCUUCUUCUUCUUCUUCUUCUUCUUCUUCUUCUUCUUCUUCUUCUUCUUCUUCUUCUUUUAUUUUUUCUGGUGGGUGGUGGUAUUUAGGUUUAUUUAAUUAUUUUAAUGGAAUGAGAUCAAACCUGGGACCUUACGCAUGCUAAGCAUGUACUCUACCACUGAGCUAUACCCUCCCCACCAGCCUUUCCUCUGAUUCUAAGUAAUCCCUCAUGGCUUUCCACUGAUGUCCUCUGCCCAGGGUAGCCCUGUCAGUUUCUGUUGCAGGCAACCGGAGAUCCUGGCUGAUAUACCCUGGUCCCUGUUGGCAGCUUCUCCAGACACAUCCCAAACCAUUCCCAUUCUGACCUUCACCUUCUGCUUUUAAGGAUCUGCCUACGGUUCUCCCAGUCCAUGCCUGUUACUUUGUGCCUCUGAACCUUCAUCCCUGCCGUUCCUUCUGCCAGGAAUGCCCUUCCCACCUUACUUCUUCUUGCUCAUUCUUAUCCUCAAGAACCACCUCAGACAUUGUCACUCUGGAGGGACUUCCUCUAACCCUCCUCCCCACCCCAUUCCACCCCCAGACUCUGACCCCCUGGGCAGAUCCACACCCUGGGCUUCUCUCCCUCUGCGCCAGCUUUCCCUUUUCUGAACCCAAAGCCAGAACCAGGCCCUGCCCACCUUCAUUUCUUGGUUGGUCUCAACAAAUGUUUGAUGGGCUCCAGGACCAUAGAGGGGCAGACAGACCUUCUCAGGGACUCCCCGGCCAAGUAGGAUCAAAUCCAUUGCCCACUGAUGGGGUGAGGAGGGGAACUGCUAAGUGAGAGAUGGGGGAAUUGUCCAAGAAUAACAGUGAGCCCAGUUUCUCUGGAUUAGCCGUUGUCCCAGCCUUAGUCAGAGCCCCAGCCCCUGCCCCAGCUCCAGCCACAGACCUGACCUCACAUCCCACCAUCAGCCUCAACCCUGUUUCCGUCCCUGCAUAGGCCCCAAUCCCUGCCCCUGCCCCAGCCCCUGCCGCCACCUCUGCCCUCACUGCAGGCCCUCCCCACCCAGCAUCCUUUCCCAACCCCCCUGAGGCUAUGACUUCCCAGGCUGCCCUCUGCAGAGGCCCUGAGAAAGGCCUGGUCAGCUGGUUGGACAGUGAAUGGAGCGGGGAUAUCGGGGUGGGCCCCAGGCCCAGCUUCCCCCAGUGGCACAGGCCCAGCAGCUCCAACACCAGGUAACAGGGCCGAGCCACAGGCAGGAGCAGGGACAGGGCCCAGGGUUAGGUCCCGAAGGCUCCUUCAGUUUCCCCCUCCCCUGCCCUGGGCCAGGCUUUGUCCUGAGCCACGGGCAGGGCUGAGCCCUCCAUGGUGGCUGAGUGUCCUAGCUGGGGAAGUGCCCGAGCUAUAGCUACCCAAAAUCAGAUAAGAGGAGGUAAGAGGGGGAGUCCCAGGACAAGCCAGUGGGAUUUGGGAAACUCACAAAAUGGGAACAUCAAGAAAGACCCCCACCUUGAUCUUUGACCAAGAUGACCAGCCUAGAAAGAAAGGCAAACAUAGCCCACGUCUUCCCUGGGGUCACCAGUGCUUCUCCACCCCUUCUCCUUGGAACUGAACCAGGGGGCAGGGUGCGGAGGGCCACAGGACCGUGGGGAAUCGAGCCCUGCACCCCCAGGUGGAUCCUACAAUGGACAUGCUGUGAAGAUAGGAGCCAGCAUUGUGAUGUCACAGGCUGGCUGUGACUUUGUGCUCCUGGAGCUGUCGGGUGAGUCAAUGGUCCCCUUCCUCCUCCCCGUGCUCACAUCCCCAUGCCGGAUGCUCAGAGCUGGAAAGGCUGACCGUGCAGCCCUCACUUUCUCUCCCUGGUCCUCUCACGUGCUGGGGCUGGCCCGGCGGAUGGCCAAUGAACAGCACUUAGCGAGACUUUCUUCUUUUGGCCACAAUGAGCAACCAGGCUUAGGCGAGUGGCCCGGGAACUCUUUGCCACACUGUGUUGAAACUACCUGUUAACUAGGCCACCUUCCCAGCUUGACCAUGAGCUUAUUCAAAGUGUCUGUCUUGGCUCCCAAUCUGGCUGGAUAAGCUCUGUAGAAGCUCAGAGUAUAUGGUGUCAGUUAAAUGCGUAACAGAGUGGAGGGGUGGGUAGGUAGAGGCAGAUUGCUAAGUGCCUUCUCCCUGUGCAGGCCACUCUCUGAACCAGCCCCAGCUCUGACCUUAGGACUCUUUCCUGAAUGCUCCUGGAAGCCAGCAUAGGUUAGAAGUCCCAGGCAUCUUGGUGUCCUUGAGACUUGAUGCCACUGCAGAAUGGCACAUUUGAUCCCUCCAGAGCUGGGGGCACAGCUCAGAGGUCCCAUAUUUUGGAUUUAAUGAAACCCAAGUCCAAAUCCAGUCCCAUUGUAUGUCCUUGAGCUGGUCACAGGGGCCCCCUCUGAACCUCUGUUUCCUUUUCUAUGAAGUUGGAAUGUAACCUGGCUUCUGAGGACGGUCAGGAGGCUCAGAAGAGAAAACUGUGGCCUUGACUGUUGCUGCGGCCACUCGUCCUCUUCCUGCCUGGCCCAUGUGGCCCUCAUCGUCCAGUGCAGCCUGAGGUAGUGAGGGGCAAUGCCGACGGCUGUGGACAGUGGCCAGAGGGCUGGCCCAAGCAAUACCAGUGACAAGGACAGGGACCUGCAGGUGCUGUUCCAGGAACUCUGCCAGCUCCAGGCAAAGCAGAGGAGGCUGAAGAGGGAGGUGGAGAAGCACAAGCGUUUUGAAGAUUAUCUGAUCAAGGUCCUUGAGAAAAUCCCCAAGGGUACGUAUGUAGCUUCCUCAGAAGGUCUGUCCUCUCUGCGGCUGCCUCCCAGCCUCGGCCCAGGGGCACGUGUGACCUUACUGAGCCUCGAGCUCGCCUGCAGGGUGGGUGGUGGAGCCGGCCUCGCACCAGUGGCCAGGCCUGCGGCAAGUUCUCAGCACCUCGGUUUCCUUCUCUGCACGGUGGGAAUAGCAACUGGUCCUGGAGCAACAGCAGAAGCCCCACCCGCCUUAUUAGCAUCACGGCAAGGGGCAGGCGACAACCAAGGGGAGGAGCCAGAGGGAGCCCUGGUGGAGGCCAUGGUGGAGCACUACGGGAGGCUCUUCACAGUCAGCCAGGACGUCCAGAAGCAUGUGCAGGCCUUCUCCAGGAUGAGCCAGGCGGUCCACCAGAGCCUGGCGUCUCUAGAGGAGGGCCACAGGGCUCUUAUCCCGAGCCUCAAGAUCCAGCUGUGCCAGCUGCAGAGGAGGUGUCACCGCAAGCAGGAGCAGUGGCAGCCGCUGGAACGUGGUGUCACCUACCAGAAGGACACGGGCAGCUGUAAUAACCAGCUGCUCAACCACAUGCAAGUGGCCAUCAACCACAUGGCCCAGCAGUGCUGCUCCCCUGCCCGCGGCAUGCCCAAGAGCAUGGGCCUCUUCUCCAAGCUCAACCUGAUCCAGGAAUUUAUGUUGGACAAAAUGGAGACUGUGAAGUUUAUCUCACUGCUCAAGGGACCCAGAGCGUGCUGGUCAGGGGACAAUCCCAAGGACCAGGGCCUCAGAAGGUACCCCAGACCCUUCAGGAAAUAUUCAAAGAGUCAAGAUUCGAUCCCCAGAACCCCCUUUCCCAGAACCCAGAUUUCAGAAUGCUCCAGCCUGUACUGACACAGCCCGCGACCAUGCAACCCUGCCAGCAUCACGACCAUCUCCUUACCUGCGUGGCCCCCUUUAUUCAUCGCCAGCGCUCCAAAGUGGGUAGGAGCCAGCCUGCGGGCAGAGAGAGGGCAGCCAGGAUCCUGGGGCCAGCUGGGGUUGUGGGGAUGCUGUUUCCCGCGUUGGGGGAUUGGCAGGGGUCAAGGUGAGGUCUGUCUGGUACUGUGGGGGAAAGAGAGAGGGAGGUUCCUGAGGCAGCAGCCGGGUGGGAAGUCCAAGGGGGAAGACCUGCACCCAGAAGCCGGGGCUGCAAUUCUCACUGUCCCCAGUGGGAUCGUCUGAGACCAAGGAGCUUUGGAUACAUGCCCGUCUAUUGGGAAUGCCCGAGUCACAGGAACUCUCACAAAGAGCCACCUGGAGCUAUGGGAGGCAUGGAGCUGGCCUUGCCCACACUAGACUGGGGGCACUCAGUUUGUAGAGGGGCAUCUCACCACUGGCUCCCAGAAACUGAAUACCAGUCAGUGCCUUCUGCCCACCUGAGGGUCCCAGAGCUGCCUGGAGUGCUACUGUCAGGGGGAGUUGGGUAAGGCAAAGUCCCUUUCUGGGCUGGUGUGAAUUUGGUGCAAGGAUGUCUAAGGGAGUCCCCUGUCCAGUCUGACACUGGAAAUGUCUGCGUGGAUGGCACUGGCCUGGUGUUACUGAGACGCUGGGGUAAGAAUCAUCCUAGCAACCCCCGCAGGCUGAGAAGGAUUCACCUCUGGGAGUCUGCUGACGUUAACUGAUUCAGGGACAAGUUGAAAGUUCAGAGCAGCUGGCUUUCAGGGCAACUGGUUUGUGGCGAACAGUGGCAAGUCAACAAAUGAACUUUCAAAGAGAAGUUUCAGAAAGGAUGCUGCUGUUCCUUCAACGGACACUGAAGGUCUGCCGUAUUCCAGGUGCCGCUGGGAGAGGGGGUAGGAGGUUCGGAGGGAAGGAGGGUGGGGGAUUGAAUAGCACUUGGCCACUGACUUCAUUAGGGAAGCCAAACAUGAUAAAGAAGGUUAGGUCAGGUCUUAAGAGCAGUUUAAAGAAAGUGGGAUCUGAGAAGCAUCAUUUCUAGUUUCCAAUUUCUCAGGUCUCUGGAGCAAAGAGGGUGCUUUGGAACCCAGGUAGGGCUUGAGUCACAUUUCAGAAAGGAGAGGUUGGGGGAGGGCUAGAGAAAGUGAGGGAAACACCGGGGAGGGCUUCCAGCUUGGCUGGAGUACAAAGAACCCGAGGGGCAAGUCUGAGAAGGUGUGCUGGGGAGCCACCGGGCGUCCCCAAGGCCAGGCUCGGAAGUUUGGACUUUGGUCUGGGGGGUCACACACAGGGGUGGCUUAGUCCAUGCUGGCUGCUGUAACAGAAUACCAUACACCGGGUGGCUUAGCAACAGCUCUUUAUUUCUCAUCAUUCUGGAGGCUGAAGUCCAAGACCAAGGCACCAGCAGGUGUCUGGUAAAAGCCCACCUCCUGGCUCACAUGGUGGAAGGGGCGAGGAAGCCCUCUGGGGUCUCUUUUAUAGGGACGCUAAUCCCAUUUGUGAGGGCUCCGCCCUCAUGACCUAAUCACCUCUAAGAGGCUCCCCCACCUCUUAACAGCGUCACACUGCGGGUUAGAAUUUCAACAUGUGAAUUUGGGGGAGACAGAACAUUCAGUUCAGACCACAGUCAUUCUUCUCUAUUUGCAUUCUCUCCCCACAACAUCCAUUUUACAAAGAGAUCUGAAGUAUCCCAUUAAUCUCCUUGGAGUGUGGGGGCACACGUUAGGCCAAGGAUUCUUAGAUCUGAACAUUCCUCGGAAAGCUUGUUACAACAGAGUGAGGGCCCACCCUUAUCUGAUCCAGCGGGCCUGGGGUGGCCAGGCUUUAGAAUCUGCAUUUCCAACAAGUUCCCAGGUGAUGCUGAUGCUUCUAGUCCCACGGCCCCACUUUGAGAACUGCUGCUUUGGAGUCAUGGCAAAUUCCCAAAUGCCUGAGCUGGGUUCUGUUCCACCUGGAGCACCGACUCCCCCUGCCUGGACUCCAGGCCCCAUCAGCACUGUGGGCACCUGACAUUCUGGGAGGGCUGCCUGUACCCCAUCUGACCUGCUGAAGGUGCUGGAUAUAACACCUCCUUAGGGACCCAGAGCACCAUUCUCUGGCUUUGUGGCUUUGCCCACUAGGGGUCUGUGAACAGCUGUUGUCAUUCUGUCCCCUGCCAUCUGCCUGUUGUGCAUUUGUAGGUCUAGUUCAGAUGUUUGAUCACCCUCCUUGGGGAGGAGGAAUAUCAGAACAGAUGCCUGGUGUGGCAGUGACCUGGCCAUUAAUCUAAGUUUGCAGUGAGCCUCCUAGUCUUUUAGGAGCUCCCAGUCUCCCCUGGGUGGGGCUUGGGUCAUAAAAUUGACAAAUGGGCACUACGCUCAGGGGCGCUGCUCUCUCCGGCCGCUGGCAUGUGCUGAACCCUGGGGGUCAUCCUUGCUGGGCUUUUUUGUCACACAGCUCUCUCAGCCCUGCCCCUGUGCUUUAAAGCACUCCCCUCCUGGGUUCCAUAUGAGCUGGAGAAAGGCCUUUGAGUGUAUUUGGAGGGGAAAAGCUGGAAAUACCAUUUCAUCUGACUGCUCAUCCAGACCCUGAGACCCCAAGACACUAGGAGGCCUAGGGCUUGGACACUUUCUGAGACUGAGAGCUCAUUACCUGACAUCUAAUUCCAGCUUUAAUUUUCUUCAAGUGUGAGAAAAGCCUUCCUACACAUCAUUUGGGAAGAGCUGGGUUAUUAGCUAAUGGCUGGUGCUGAGAAAAUUGCCUGUUUGGCAGGAAAAUCAAAUUAUGUCCUUUUUCCACACCGUAUUCUGUGGUAUAUUCCAGUUCCUUUGAGUGGUGGUUUCCCAACUUUAAUGUUUAUUAAAAUCGCCUGUGACACUUGCUAAACAGGGCUUAUUCUCAAAAAUUCUGAUUCUGGCAUGAGACCCCCAACCCCAAUCUGGAUUUUCAAUAAGCAUUCCAGAUGGUUCCGAUGCCGACUAGUCUCUGAUUACAGCGUGUGAAACACUGGGUUUCUCAGUGUCAAAGAGAGGAAAACCUGCUCCUCAUUUACUUGGUCUUGAAUCGGGAAGAACUUUAGAAGCAUGGACGCAAUAGUGCAUCUACCUCAGAGCACAGCAAAAUAUCUAAAGACAAUAAAUGGAGAGAAAUGAUGAGAAAUUUGAAAAUGAGCCAAUGUUUUUGAUACUCGAAAAACUCUUACGAAGUAAAAAAAAUCGAUGUCAAUUGUUCAUUUCAGCAAAUCACAAAAUAAAAAUGGCCUAUAAACAUGAAAACUAUUUCGCCUCACUAAAAAUUUACAUCAUGUCAUUUCUGCCCAUCAGAAAAUUUUUAGCAAAUACACGAAUGCGUGUAAGACAGGCCCUUCAACACUGAGACGUUUGCAUAAACUCUCUGGAAAGCAAUUUGAUAAGAAGGAGGUCUCAAGAGGCUUAAAUUUUUUUGUCUUUUGGCUCAGUGAUUCUUAGAUCAAGAAAUUUAUGUUAAUAAAACCAGAGCUAUUUGGUUCAAAAUGACAGAAAGCCCAACUUGGCUUAAACUCAACUUGGCUUAAGCCCGAAAGAAUGAAUUAGCUUAUAAAACAGAAAGACCAGGGAUUCCAGAGCUUCAGGAACAGCUUGAUCAGGAGCUCAAUGUCAACAGAAUCCAGAAAUGCAUGGGUGUAUUUCUGUGCUCCUACAUCUUGGCUUCAGUGUAAAUAGGAUGGCUGCCUACAAGCACAGUCCUGCAUCCUUUAAAGUUGAGGUUAGAGGAAAAGGGAGAAUGUCUCUUCCCAGUAAACCCUGGCAAGUCCCAGAGUUUACUCUGAUUGGAUCACCUUGGGUCAGGUGCCUCUCUCUAAACAAAUUCCUGAUUGGCCAGGCCUAAGCUCCCUGUUCUUCCUGAACGAAUCUCUGCAACCGUGGGAGAUUCCCUACUCUGAUUCCCAGGCUUGGGUCAAAUUUUUGUUUGAGUUUUAGUGAGGUGUCUUCCAUGGCUAGAGACCAACCACAUGAAUUGAAAGAAGGGGACAGAUGGUUCCCCCAAAGGGAAAUCAGGCUACUGUCAUCACAGGGAGGUGGGACCUGGCACUGGGCAAGCAUGGGCCAGAAACGCCCAUUACAAUGCAGAAACUGUGUCUGUACAAAGAUGCCCACCAAUUGUCACUUACAGUUACCCAGUUGUAAACAACCUCAGUAUCUCAGACGAAGAGUCCAAUAAAUGAUGCAAAACUUCAUGAUCUUAUGAUUCUGCAGCUAUUAAAUUACGUUUUCAAAAAUAUUUGAUGUAAGGAAAACUGUCUAUAGGGUAUAAAGUUAAGUGGAAAAAGCAAGGAUUUUUUUAAAAAGUUGAAUGUAAAUCCAAUUUAGUAAAAAUUAUAUAUGUAAAAAAAAGGGAAUAUAUGUAAGGGACCAAAGCAGUGCUUCUAAAGUGGGAGGACGCUGACCCUGGGAUCAGGGCGGCAGAUUGAAUUUCGGUCCCAAGUCUCCACCCGCCUGUGGUGGCAUCUACAGAAGUUCAAGCUCUUGCCAGGGGCUCCUGGUGGGCAAAGUAUUCAUCUCCACCUCUUAACUUUGGGUUGGCUAUGUGACUUGCUUUGGCCAAUGGGAUGUUAGUGGAUUAUGACACAAGCAAAGGCUUACAACUUAUUGUGCAGUAGGAUUUAUGUGCCCCUGGGAGUCCCCUGGUUGCAGGGGGAUGAGAGCCACUUGGAGCAGACACAGACCUUACCUGCAGCUUGGAUCCACCAACAUCAUUCAAUCCUCAGCCAACCCACAGACCCCUGAGUGCACAAUAAAUGCUUAUAAUUGUAAACCAGUGAAGUUGGAGGUUGUUUGUUAUGCAGUAUUACAGCAAUAGCUGUCA